GUCAAACAUCGCACGCCGCGCUCGAAUAUCCCUACGACGGACCGACCAUGGCUCCUCGUGCAGCCUCACCGGCGCUCUCUGAGAACGAGUUCGACAUCUUCGACAACCUCGCCGGUUCAGACACUGAAGAGCAGGGAAACAGCUUGGGCGCAGAUCUUGGUAUUGAUCUAGAUGUUGGCAGUGAUGGAGGUUCAGACGAUGAGGCGUUCAUCGCGGCAAAGCAGGCUGCUUCGAACCGAAAAGCCGCAAAUGUGAAGGGUACAGGCAAGAAAGGCGGUGGUUUUCAGGCCAUGGGCUUAAACGCACUGCUCUUGAAGGCUAUUGCGCAGAAGGGGUUUAAGAUGGCGACUCCGAUCCAGCGCAAGGCGAUACCGCUUCUCUUGGCAGGUGAAGAUGUGGUGGGGAUGGCAAGAACAGGUUCCGGAAAGACGGCUGCCUUCGUCAUUCCCAUGAUUGAGAAGCUCAAGACCCACUCUGCGAAGGUCGGUGCACGUGGAAUCAUCAUGUCGCCUUCUCGUGAGCUUGCGCUACAGACCUUGAAGGUCGUUAAGGAGUUUGGUCGUGGCACAGACCUCAGGACAAUCCUACUAGUUGGUGGUGAUAGUCUGGAAGAGCAGUUCAGUUCCAUGACUACGAACCCAGAUAUCAUCAUUGCCACCCCCGGUCGUUUCCUACAUCUGAAGGUCGAGAUGGGCCUUGACCUGUCCUCCGUCAAAUACAUUUGCUUCGACGAAGCCGACCGCUUGUUCGAGAUGGGUUUUGCCGCACAGUUGGCUGAGAUUCUUCAUGCCCUGCCAACUUCAAGACAGACACUACUGUUCAGUGCUACUUUGCCUAAAUCACUUGUGGAGUUUGCACGAGCAGGCCUACAAGACCCUAAGCUCAUUCGACUCGAUGCCGAAAGCAAGAUUUCCCCGGAUCUCAAAAGUGCUUACUUUACCAUAAAAUCUGGGGAUCGAGACGGAGCGCUGCUGUACCUUCUAGAGCAGGUUAUCAAAGUACCAGCGGGCGAGACCGAGGCGGCGAAGGCGCGGAAGGAGGAAGGCAGCUUGAGCGUCGGCGCAAAGCGCAAACGUAAACAGUUCACUGCAAAGGACGUCGCAGUGGCCGAGUCAACGAUCAUCUUCGCCGCUACCAAACAUCGAGUCGAAUACCUAUCCGAACUUCUGAAGUCCCUCGGCUAUCCUGUCUCUUACUUGUACGGCAACCUGGACCAAACAGCACGUAAAGCUCACGUCGAGGAGUUCCGUUCUGGUCUUACUCGUAUUCUUGUCGUUACCGAUGUCGCGGCUCGUGGUGUUGAUAUGCCUCAUAUCAAUCACGUCAUCAACUAUGAUUUCCCAUCGCAACCGAAGAUCUGCGUGCACAGAGUUGGGCGAACUGCUCGUGCUGGGCGGAAGGGCUGGGCGUACAGUCUUUGUCGACAUGUCGAUCUCCCGUAUUUAUUGGAUCUACAGCUAUUUCUCGGCCAACGGCUGCUGGUCGGCAGAUCCACUGAGGAAGCGAACUUCGCCGAAGACUUCGUCGUAGGUAGUCUGGCACCGUAUCAGCUGGAGGCCUCAGUCGAAGUUGUGAACAAGCAGCUUGCCGAUGAUGAAGACUUGGCGUUGUUGCAGAGUGUAGCCGAUAAGGGUGAGCGACAGUACCAAAGAACACGCAACCAAGCUAGCGCACCGAGCGUUCACCGAACUAAGGAACUACUUGCAAAUCCUCAUUUUGCGGAUACGCAUGUUCUCUUCAAGGACGAGGUUCACGAUGCGCUGCAAGAGAAGGAGAAGAUGCUACAAAGGAUUCAAGGUUUCAGGCCAGCGGAAACCGUCUUCGAAAUUGGAAGACGCGGAACGCAAAGCGAAACCGCUGAAAUCAUGCGCAGGAGACGAGUUCAGGUUGAGAGGCAACAGGAGAAGCAAAGGGCUAAUGCGCGAGCUAACAAUGCACCUGUCGCAAGCCUCGCAGCUCCUGACGAGUCUGAAAAGGUGGAAGUCGACUCAGAAGACGGUGAUGAGCCGGCUGACACUGGCGCAUACGACUCUGACUCUGACGAGCUAGAAGUAUCUGUGUCAAUGCCUUCUUCGAAGAAACCCGACAACGAUGACUUCCGAGAAGGAGAAUUCUUCAUGUCUUAUUUGCCAAAGGAGAACUACGCAGAAGAGAAGGCAUAUGGUGUGAGCGGUGGAGAUGCUGGCAAUAACUUCGUUUCAGCUGCAAGAGCAGCAGAAAUGUCGCUUGUCAACGAUGAGAUUCAAGGUUUCGCAGAUGCAAGCAAAGCAAAGAUGAGAUGGGACAAGAAGUCCAAGAAGUACGUUGCUCGCGCCAACGACGAAGACGGAUCAAAAGGUGCCAAGAUGAUUCGCGGUGAAAGUGGUCAGAAGAUCGCUGCCAGUUUCCGCAGUGGACGUUUCGACGAUUGGCGCAAAGCCAACAAGAUGGGUCGCAUGCCGCGUGUUGGUGAACAAGAAGCUCCAGGUCGCGCACCUGGUAAGACUCAACACUACAAGCAUAAGGCAGAAAAAGCACCCAAGGAGGCAGAUAGGUACCGCGACGAUUACGAGGUGCAGAAGAAGAGGGUCCAAGAAGCCAAGGAGAAGCGCAUCGGCAAGUUCAAAGACGGCACCGGCAAGAGCGAACUCAAGGAUGUCAACGCUGUACAAAAGCAGCGCAAGAUCCAAGAGCAGCGUCAAAAGAAAAACGCCAGACCGUCGAAGAAGCGGAAGUUUUGA